AUGCCUUAUAAGAACCAAGCGAAUCAACCUAAACCAGGAGAAGCUUUGAUACAAAGUGCAGGUUACACCCAUGUAUCACAAAUCGGUUCAGCAGCCGAUCUGCCCACCUUAUCUAAUUUUCCCCUUUGGCGUAAAAUUGCUCAAACUGAAGAAACACUAGGGACUGUCUCCAAUUAUCUCUUUGCUAGGGGAGGACAACAUGGGGAUUAUAGCAAUUAUGAAGAUUCCGCCUUAACUGAUCCCAAGCCACCAACUUCAUUGAUUUACCUCAUCAUUCAACAAAUUCUGGCCGGAACUGUCCCUUCUAAUCUCGUGUUAACCAAAAACAUUCUCACGAGCAUCGGGAAUCCUUUCAAUGAUCGAAAUUUUCAGCUUGAGCAAGUCGUGGCUUUUCUCGCGCGCACUGGAAGAAAGAGACACCAAGGACCUAAUAAAUUCGUGAAUGCUAUACAAGGCCAAUUCAUCAACUUACUAUGGACUGACCUUCCACAUCCUCCCACCACCAAUCUGGACCCUAAACAUCGCUUUAGGACACCCGAUGGCCGUGAUAACAAUCUUACUGGACUCCCGAUGCUUGGAGCUGCCAAUCAACCUUAUUCAAGAUCAGUAAAACCAGUUCAUCCUGUGCCAGCUGGCAUGGCUGAACCGGAAGAGAUAUUUGAUGCGAUCCUUCGUCGUCCAUCGGGCUUCGAAGGUUUCACGCCACACCCUGCUCAGGUGUCCAGCUUAUUCUUUGGCUUUGCAAAUCUCAUCAUUCACGACCUGUUCUGGAGCAAUAAUGGCCCCGAAGUAAAAACAUGCGAUGGAUCCGAAUCUAAAGAAGGAAGCGAAGGCGCCCCAACCGGUGGAACUUCGAAUCAAUGGCAGAACAAAACUUCGUCCUAUGCCUCUUUAGAUCCUUUGUACGGGACCAAUGCAAAAGAACAAUGGCAGAUUCGUGAUAAAAGCCAACUCGGCCGUGGUUUAUUACACAAUGAUACAUUUUCAUCGAACCGAUUACUUCUGAUGCCACCUUCAUCUUCUGCUUUACUCGUACUAUUUUCAAGAAAUCAUAAUCGUGCGGCUAGAAAAGUUCUAGAGCUCAAUGAGCGCGGGGCGUGGCAAAGCGACUUGAGUCAACUUACUCCAGAGCAAUUGCAACAACAAGAUGAUGAGAUCUUUGGUACCGCGCGACAUAUCAAUUGUGCCUACUACGCGGGAAUCAUCCUCAGUGACUAUUUACAAGCUAUCUUAAAUACUACUCAGGUUGACUCGAACUGGGCUUUAGAUCCUAGAGCUCCGAUAAAAAAUCUUCUUGGUAGUACUCCAAAGGCUACUGGAAAUUCAGUUAGUGUAGAGUUCAAUGUUCUUUAUCGAUGGCAUUCCGCAGUUUCCUGGUCGCAGACGCAAUGGAUGGAAGACAAAUUUUCUAAAGCUCUGCCUAGCAGAAAUUGGGAUGAGAUGACCGGAGCGCAUUUGGCAAAAGCAUCUGCUCUCUUGCAAAAAGAGCUGAAUGCCGAGGCAGGAUCAGAUCCUAGAAAUUGGAAGUUAUCCAAAUAUGAAACCAGUGUCCCUGAAGAGGGACCACCGGAGUUAACAUCAGAAGGAGUGUAUGAAAGGGAUGCCGAAAGUGGCAAAUUUCGAGAUGAGGAUAUAGCCAGAAUCCUAAGAGAUUCGACUAACGAAGUGGCUGGUACGUUUGGAGCUCGACAUGUACCAGCAGCAAUGAAAUGGAUUGAAUGUCAGGGAAUGCGAACAGCGAGAGAUGUUUGGAAAUUGUGUACAUUGAACGAAUUCAGAGAGUUCAUUGGUUUGAAAAAACACGAUACCUUUGAACAAUGGAACUCUGAUCCAUCGGUUGCUUCAGCAAUGGCAGAUCUCGUUGGACAUCCAGCAAAUAUUCCACUUCAUGUUGGUCUGAAUGGUGAAGAAUCUAAGAAACCGACAGUAGGUUCAGGUGUAUGUCUACCUUACACAAUCAGUCGAGCUAUCCUGAGUGACGCCAGUAAGCAUUCGUUGAGUGUUUCCAAUCCAAAUGAGGUGGUUUCUGAUGAUUCAUUAUUGCGCUACAAAGUUUCGUUGGUCCGAGGCGACAGAUUCUUCACAGAUUCUGCGAGUGCAGAUGUGAUGACUGAUUGGGGCCUUAACGAGGUACAACCUGAUCCGCAAAACGACCGAAUCAAUAUGUUUACAACGAUCUCGCACUACUCUGUAAACCGAUUUUUAUCACCUUUCUUGACUCUCCCUAGCGCUGAUAACAUAGACUUCUUCUCAGUUCCUUUUGUCGUUCCCAAACAUUCAUAUUCGAAUAUGCAGCGCAUAGGGUUUCAAAAAGCUCUCAAUUAUUCUUUGAACCCUCCCCCACCAUCUAAUGUCGGAUUUGAGCAAGUCCAAAAUGGCGGCAAAACGAUGGUUUGCGAGAUGUCAGAUACAUCUGAAGUUGAAGUUCAAAGGAUGGGCUUGAUCUUUGGAUUGGCGAGUCUCUUUGCUAAUUUGUUGGACUCAAGUGUGUUGUGGUGA